AAAUUAUGAGACAUUUGGACAAAGUGCAACAAAUAAAAAUAAAACAAAAAUAAAUAAAUGUUAAUGUGUUAAAGCACAGCGUUUUGUAAAAUCUGUAUCAAUCGAGCAAUCGAUAACAACAAAAAGUGUCAAUAAAAUCGAUCAAGUGCUCAAUGUGAAUCAAAAUACUUUCAAAAACAGCCAAACCAGCAGCACAAAAAGUCAAUGAAAAAUCGCUGAAGAGCAAAGUGUUAUAUAUAUAAAGAAAUCAAUAUGGAUAGAACAAUGUAUGGCAAAAUAGAUCCUGGAGCGCGACAGCCCUAUCGCACGGUGCGCAGCAAGGGUAUCCAGCCGGGCUAUGCACUACUCGCCGACUUGCAGAACAGCGUGCCGGGCCAGCAGCCACAGCCGCAGUAUGGAAUUGUUCAGUCGAAGCAACAGCAGCAGCAGCAGCAGCAACAAUUUGUAGAUAACACGCCCGGCUAUGGCAGUUUAAGGGGCAAAGCACAACAGUCGCAGCCGCAACCGCAAGUGUAUCAGGAGCAUUACAGCGUGGAAACGCGCUCACCCACAUCAGCCGAAUUCAACGGCUCCGGCCAGCAGAGCAAUGGCUAUCAGCAUCAAGGCAGUGGAUCGCUGCCGCGCUCCGGCUAUACGAAUGGACAGAAUAGUUCUGGUUUGUCGGAGCUCGAUUCGCUGCUGCAGGACUUGCAGAAUGCGCGUUACAACAACGGCGGAGUGGAGCGUAAGGCCGAAGUUGAGGUGCCAGUUAAUUACAGCACACCCGUCUCCAAAUACAACACCUUUAACAGCUACGCUUCGGUGGAGGAUCGACCCACUAUGGAUAGCUUACUCAACGAGCUGGAUAACGCGCAUAUUUACGCUGUGCCCAACGGAACUGCACAUAAAUCGCCUACGCCCGGGCGACAUGUAACUAUCACGGUGCGGGAGACUAAAACCGAAAAACUUUCGGGUCCCGAUGGACCAGUUGGUUCCAUUGAGGAGCAAAUCGUGCAGAAGAAGGAUUCGUAUUCGCCAAAUCUUGCAGCACCAGCGCAAGUUGCUCAGCAUCAAGGUUACACAUCGCAGGCCACCAAGGAGUUGGAUGACUUAAUGGCUUCUCUGUCAGAAUUUAAGGUCAGCAGCAACGGUAGCAACGGUGCAUACGAUCAGCAGCAGCAGCAGCAGCAUUCGACGGGCCCAACAGCACAGCAACAGCAGCUGCAGCAUCAUCAGCAUCAGCAUCAACAGCAGGUGACGGACUACGCACAGCCAAAUCGGGGCACACAGCAGCAGGCGCACCUGACGCAGACGAUCGAGGAGACGACCAUAGUCGAGGAUAGCCGCGAGGAUCAGUUGGAUUGUAUGCUUGGUAAUUUGCAGGCAAAUAUGAGUCGUCAGGGAGUUAACACAGUGCAGAAGGGCUGCUGCAAUGCAUGCGAGAAGCCAAUCGUGGGCCAGGUGAUCACCGCCCUGGGCAAGACCUGGCAUCCGGAGCACUUUACGUGCAACCACUGCAGCCAGGAGCUGGGCACGCGCAAUUUCUUUGAGCGCGACGGCUUCCCCUACUGCGAGCCCGAUUAUCAUAAUCUGUUCAGUCCGCGCUGCGCCUACUGCAACGGCGCCAUUCUGGACAAGUGCGUGACGGCCCUGGACAAGACCUGGCACACCGAGCACUUCUUCUGCGCCCAGUGCGGCCAGCAGUUCGGCGAGGACGGCUUCCACGAGCGGGACGGCAAGCCCUAUUGCCGCAACGACUACUUUGAGAUGUUUGCGCCCAAGUGCAACGGCUGCAAUCGUGCCAUCAUGGAGAACUACAUCUCCGCAUUGAACUCGCAGUGGCAUCCCGACUGCUUCGUCUGCCGGGACUGUCGGCAACCGUUCCAGGGUGGCUCGUUCUUUGACCACGAGGGCUUGCCGUACUGUGAGACACAUUAUCACGCCAAGCGCGGCUCGCUCUGCGCCGGCUGCUCGAAGCCCAUAACGGGCCGUUGCAUUACGGCCAUGUUUAAGAAAUUCCAUCCGGAACAUUUCGUCUGCGCCUUCUGUCUCAAGCAACUGAACAAGGGCACGUUCAAGGAGCAGAAGGACAAGCCCUACUGCCACGCCUGCUUCGACAAGAUAUUCGGUUGAGCUGGGCAUACACAUACACAUACACAUAUAUAUACGUGUGUGCUGCAUCAACUAUAUACAUAUAUAGAGUUACGAUCCUAAUAUGCUGUUGCUUCUUCUUUUUUGUACGAUUCACGUCACUUCAAUGUACCGUUACUUACCUUUACGAGAGUUCAUCUGUGCUUUGUAUAACCGAGUCAAAUUAGUAAUUAAAUUAACACUGGACACACGAUAUACAUACGUAUAUCAGAUCAGAUCAGAUCCGAUCAGACCAGAUCGGGUCAAAAUAAUCAAUUACACGACACUAAUACCCUGCCAAUUAAAUGGCGCAACGAUAUUUCUGCCCUUUCAAAAUAAAAUUAUUACGAUAAUGCA